AUCUCCAAUGACAAACAGCAAUGGGCGGACCCUCCUCCGACAAAAGCACGGGGGUGUUUUCAUGCGGGUUUGUGGAACGGUCCUUGGCGAUGAAUGCGUGAUUGAGGUCCCGCACCUUAUGAUCGUCCCUCUUAAUGGGGUCGGAACGCACUGUAUUGAGGAGAAGCGAGAAUAGCUUUCAGGCUGUAGCGGGGAGGAGCAGAGCAUCCUGCUGAGAGGAGUGCAUCUGUUGUGUGGCUCCUCUGCAUCCUUCUCCAGCUACACUCUGAAUGUCAAGCCCCACCGAGCAGAACAGGCUCCAGGUCGUCAUGGAGACAGGAGCACCCUCUUGCUGGAACAGAGGCAGGGUGAUGUGCCAUCAGCCACUGGGGGGCAUCUGUCCUCUCUACAGCUUGUUCGUCCUCUGAAGCUUAUGGGAUAGACAAGGGUGUGUGUGUGCCCUUUCCCAACACUGCAGCACCACAGGAGUUAUUUGUGCCAAAGCUGCGUUGUGUUGAAGGAACAGAGAUGGGCAGCCCAGGCUGUGAGGUGAGUCUAGCUGGGCCAGUGGAGCCAGCACUGGACACCCUAUGUCCUGAGUGUGGCCAGAUCCACCGCAGCUGGGAAAACCACCUUUACAACUACCGUCUGGAAGUGGAUGACGACUUGGUGUGCCACAUCUGCUUGCAGCCACUGGUGCAGCCACUCGACACGCCAUGUGGACACACCUUCUGCGCACAUUGCCUGCGUAGUUUCCUCCAGGACAGGGACUUCUGCCCGCUGGACAGGACACGGCUGCAGCUGCAAGCGUGCCGCAGAUCCAGCAUACUGGUUCACAAGCUGCUGGACAAGCUGUCUGUGUCCUGCCCUUUGACCCCUGUCUGCUCCCUCAGCAUGCCACGGUGUGACCUGGAGGCACACCUGAAACAUAGGUGUCCCGGGACGCGGUGUGAGCAGACGAGCGUGGAUGGUCCGAGAUGCGAGACUGGGGCCAAGCGAGCGAUGGUGACCAGCCCUACCAGGUCACCCCACUCCUCACAGACAGACCUGCAGGACCAUACUCCCUCUUCACCCUCUGGACCUAAUAAUGCCAGCAGCAAUGGGCCUGUGUGGACAGAUGAUGCUGGUCUUGACAACCCUGCCUUUGAAGAGAGCACAGAGGAAGACAGUGUGGUAGGGUUGGAGUGCGUGGUCCCCAGGGUGAAGCGGCCCCUGAGUAAUCCCUGCAUCCACCUCCUACGCUCUUUGAGCUCCACCUCCUCUGGCUGGGACUGCCCCGAGUCCCCACCUCUCUCUGCUGAAGAGGGUUGUGUGAAGUUGCCCUCCCUUCCUGAAGGAGAAAUUACUGCCAUAGAGGUUCAUCGAGCCAACCCAUAUGUUGAGCUAGGCAUCAGCAUUGUUGGGGGGAACGAGACACCGCUCAUCAACAUUGUGAUUCAGGAAGUGUACAGAGAUGGGGUCAUUGCACGAGAUGGGAGGCUGCUGGCUGGAGAUCAGAUACUACAGGUGAACAAUGUGGACAUCAGUAACGUCCCCCACAGUUUUGCCCGCUCUACAUUAGCACGCCCAUGCACCACCUUACAGCUGACAGUGCUGAGGGAGCGUCGUUGUGCCUCCAGGGCGCCUCCCUCCUCCUCCACCCCAGCUGUGCCCCAUGCCCCCUGCUCCACCCCUGAGGCCACCCCGUCCAGCCCAGCCACACUAAGAAUCACCCUACACAAGCGGGACUCAACAGAGCAGCUUGGCAUCAAACUGGUACGGCGAACAGAUGAGUCAGGAGUGUUUGUGUUGGAUCUGUUGGAAGGAGGCCUUGCAGCGAAGGAUGGCAGAUUGCGGAGUAACGACCGUGUACUGGCAGUCAACGACCAGGAUCUACGUCACGGCACCCCAGAGCAGGCUGCACAGAUCAUACAGGCUAGUGGAGAACGAGUCCACCUGCUGAUUGGCCAACCCAGCAAACCAGCUCACCCCCCUCCGCCAAAAUCAAGCUCCACCAGAGACCUCUACUGCCUUGAUCACUUCCUGCCUAACCACAGCUCUACCCCGAGUCCUGUGCCUAUACACCUGUCCCGCACCAGCACCCACAGAGACCUUUCCCAGUGUGUGACCUGUAAAGAGAAACACAUAACCGUGAAGAAGGAACCCCUUGAGUCUCUGGGCAUGACUGUUGCAGGAGGGAGGGGUAGUAAGAGUGGAGAGCUGCCAAUCUUUGUGACCAGCGUCCAACCACAUGGCUGCUUGUCGAGGGAUGGACGAAUCAAACGAGGUGAUGUCCUGCUGAGUAUCAACGGACAGGACCUGACUUACCUGAGCCACAGUGAAGCUGUGGGUACUCUGAAGGCCAGUGCUGCUUCGUCCUCAGUCCAGCUGCGGGUGCUGGAGGUCAGCAUGGUGGAAGAACAUGAGCAUGAUGAGCUGUUGCCUCACACUCACGACAGUGACUUUGAUGCCAACUGGUCCCCCUCAUGGGUGAUGUGGCUGGGUUUACCCAGCUGCCUGCAUAGCAGCCACGAGAUUGUACUGCGUAGGAGCCACCCUGGCAGCUGGGGCUUCAGCAUCGUCGGGGGAUAUGAGGAGAGCAAUGGCAACCAGGCAUUCUUUAUCAAGACUAUCGUCCUCGGCACACCUGCGUACUACGACGGCCGCCUCAAGUGCGGUGACAUGAUUGUGGCAGUCAACGGCCUUUCAACUGCAGGAAUGAGCCACUCGGCUCUGGUGCCUAUGCUGAAGGAGCAGCGGAGCCGGGUGGCGCUCACUGUGGUCUCCUGGCCUGGCAGCCUCGUAUAACUGGGCAAGAUCAUAAGCAGGCUGCCUCCCACACUGACUCACCCAGAAUGUUCAACCUUGCUUGAGCUGGUACAUGCUAGGGUGCAUCACUUCAUAUCGGGCUUAAACCAGGACCAAAAGCAUUCAGAACUACAGUACACCCAGCAGGACUGAGCAAAUGGGAACUGAUCCAGAUCAGACCAAGUCACUCAACUCUCUGCCCUCACACAUACACUCCUGUGUCCAUAUGGUCCUGUUGUCUUCACUUCCACUAAAAGAAUGGUACUGCAACUGCUGGCAGUCUGUGCUGUAUUCACCUCGCCAGGCAGUUGUAAAAUCCAGGGGCUGUAUUCAGGUGGAUGCAUCGUUGCAGUCAAGAGAAAAUGUUUUUUAAAAAGUAGCCUGUGAUCCUCCUGUCAUUUAGGAUAAUGACCUCUAAUCACUUCAAGAUGUUCUGCAAUACCAGCGCUGUAUCCAGCUGAAUAAGCCUCAGGCCUUAUUAGAUAACCUACUGCACCCUGGGGGCUCACAUAGCCUUCGGCUCCAUCACCAACCAGCUGUCCCAUCAGCUGGAGUUUUAUACAUGUGUUCUGUUUGUAUAAUAAAUAUUUCCUUCCAAGGA